UCGACAUGUCUUCAAAAACGGACCAACUGCUGAUCGUUGUUUCCAUCCUAGAAGGUCGUCACUUCCCGAAGAGUCCUCGGCUGAGUCUGGUGGUGCAGGCGAGCUUCGAUGGCGAGCAGCUGGCCACGGACCCGGUGGAGCACAGAGAUCAGCCUCAGUUCAGCACCGAGCUGGCCUGGGAGCUCGACCGCAGGACGCUGCACCAACACAGGCUGCAGCGGACUCCCAUCAAGCUUCAGUGCUUCGCUGUCGACUCAGUCAGCAACAGGAAGGAGAACGUCGGCUACAUCAUCCUCGACCUGCGAUCAGUACAAGAGGUCAGACAGGAUCCUCGCUGGCAUCCUCUCUUAAGCAGUAAAUACACCAAACAGAGACCGGCCCUCCUCAUCAGCGUGCUGCUGGAGAACGACACCAAACCCUCCGAACCUUCUCCUGAUAGGUUCAAAGCCAAGAAGGCCCCGCCUCGUCUAGGUUCCCCGGCAGUAACGGAGCUUCUCCCAGACAAACUGGAGGCCAUACUGGUUCCAGAUCAGGGCUUCCAUCAGGUCGGACCUGCUGAUCACUGCACCGACAUGUUCGUCCUGUCCGUCACCGUGGCGUUCGCUACCAAACUGGAACAGCUGAUCCCCAGCACCAUGAAGCUGUCAGCAGAGGGCUCAGAGUUCUUCUUCUACUAUUGUUUACUGGGUAAUGACAUCACCAGCGAGCCUUUCACCAACCUGCUGAGCCCCGACUUCGAGCCGGAGCGCGCCUCCGUACGCCUCCGCAGCAGCAAACAGAUCCUCAACGCCUUCCUGUCCCAGCUGCCCGGUUUAGAGAUCCACCUGUGCUGUGGGAAUCACUCUCUGGGAAGCACCGACGUCUCUCUCUCGGCUCUGUCGACCGUCUCUGUGGAUCUGGACAACAAGGCGGCGACGGUGGAAGGGGCGUUCAUCCUGCAGCCGCCGAAACGCAUCAAGCGGGCGCAGCCGGCUCUGCCAGCUGACCUGCAGCCGACCGUCGGGGUCGCCGUGACUCUCAGGAGGGAAGAAGUCGCACCGCAGUCUUUAGGGAAGAAAGAAGGAGGUGCAGCUCAGACUCUCUCCGUCCCUCCUCCUCCUCCUCCGUCCAGACCUCGAAGCUCCUCUCCAGUCCGUAAACCUCCCGACGCCUCCUCCUCUCCUCCUCCCCCUGCUGCGUCCUAUCAUACAGAGAGCGAGGUGGAGAGUCUGCUGGAGGAGCUCCAACGUGCCAAAGAGCCGGCAGGACUGGCAGCUGCAGAUUUGGAACUUCCUGUUCAGACUCGGACUGAAGCAGCAGCAGCAGCAGCAGCAGCAGCGGAGGGAGGAGCGUCUUCUGUCAGCGUCUCUGCUCCCAAAGUGUCCAUCCCCUCCUCCGCUCAUCACUACUGCUUCUCUCUGGACCUGCAACGCCUCGGGAAGCUCAGCCUGACUCAUCCCAUCUCUGCUACGCUCAGGUAUUCGUACCAGUUCUUCGGCAGCGCUGCUCCCAUCAUGACGAACCCUCCUGUGGAGCUGCAGAGGAACACCGAGGUCUCUCUGCCUCAGUCGUACUGCGCCUUCGACUUCGCUGCUCUGCCUCAACAACUGGAGGAGACUUUCCUCAGAGUUCCUCUGGUGGUGGAGCUCUGGCACAGAGACUCCAGCUUGGACCAGCUGAUUGGUCGAGCCUCCGUCCAGCUGUCUCACCUGCUGAGCUCAGAGAGGAGCCGACUGCAGGGAUCAACGGGAGAACCGAGCUGGAGACAGACUCACCAGGACCGGAUCCCCGUGGUCCGAAAACAACGUCCAAGUGAGAAAGUAGCAGAGUUGAGCUACGUUGCCACACUGGAAGACCUGGGAUUGGUUAAAGCCAGAGAGGUGAUCGUGUCCGACUCCACACAGCAUGCAGCACCCAGACCAUCAUCGUCUCCUCCUCUUCCUCCUCACCGCCCCCCCGCUCCUCCCCACCACCACCCCGCUCCUCCACCGGGCCCCUCGGCCCCGACGGCCCCCAGAGAGACUCUGGAGUACCAAACGGCUCUGGAGCUGGAGAUGUGGAAGGAGGAGCAGGAGGAUCUGUUCGAUGAUCAGCUGAAGAAGAAGGAGUUGGUCCACAUGCAGGCGCUGGCAGAGGAGUGGAAGAAGAGAGACAGAGAGAGAGAAGCUCUGGUGAAGAAGAAGGAGGUGGAGUAUAACCUGCUGGAGGAGCAGCUGCAGAAGACUCUGUCUGACCUGGAGAAGAGAGAGAAACAGCUGGCUGAGGCCGAGCUAGAGACCCAGCGGCUGCAGCGGGAGCUCCGGUCCGAACACGAUCUGACCCAGAAGGAGCUGCAGGAGAGCAGCAGGAGGCUGCAGCAGGAGUUCGACCACCGGGUGGCGCUAGAGAGAGACAAAGCCCGACUGAUGGAGGAGGAGCGAGCCAGGCUGCUGCAGCAGAUCUCAGACGGAGAGUCUCGGUACAAACAGCUGGAGAAAGAGUUUCAUCUCUACAGAGAACAACAAAACAUCCGACCCGAGUUCAGACUGCAGUCAGAAGUCAACCUGCUGACUCUGGAGAAGGUGGAGCUGGAGAGGAAGUUGGAGUCGACCACUAAGUCCAAGCUGCACUACAAGCAGCAGUGGGGGCGCGCCUUAAAAGAGCUGGCCCGGUUCAAACAGCUUCAACACAACGAGGCAGAGCUGCUGCGUCCUCGCCGCUCUGACAGCAGCCAUAUUUCACAGCAGAUAAUAGUAGUUUUUCUGCGUGGGGACGUGUGGAGGCGUCAGACGCAGCAGCAGCAGCAGCAGCUUGUUAAUCUGCUGCUGGAGACGAGCUGA